GGGAGCAUAGGAAGUGCUCAAUCAACAGUAAGGUGCUGUUUUGCUUAUCGACCUCUUCCUCUUCAAGGCACUGUUACAGGCUGUAGGUUGGCACCACAGGCCAGAGGGGGUCGGGGAUGGAGUUAAAAACCCAUUUUCCGGAGGCGGAAGCUGGAGCAGAGCCGGGAAAGGCAUUGGAGUUCCGGCCUGCAAGGGAUGCGGAGUGCCCAGCGCGCUUCCCGCUGGGGGCCAACGCUCUGACACCGUGGUCAGGGGGCACGGUCAACGGCGCUGCAGCGGCUCUCUCUGUCCCCUCCGCGGACCUCGGUUCUGGCUCGCAGGGCCCGCUCACCCCGCGCAGCGCCAUGGCCAGCGAGGGUCUCGAGGGCGAGCACCCGUCCGUGACACUCUUCCGUCAGUACCUGCGCAUCCGCACCGUCCAGCCGGAACCCGACUACGGGGCUGCCGUGGCCUUCCUUGAGAAGAGAGCCCACCAGCUGGGCCUGAGCUGUCAGAAAGUAGAGGUGGCACCAGGCCGUGUGGUGACCGUGCUGACGUGGCCAGGCACCAACCCCAGACUCUCCUCCCUUUUACUCAACUCCCACACGGAUGUGGUGCCUGUCUUCAAGGAACACUGGAGUCAUGACCCCUUUGAGGCCUUCAAGGAUGCCGAGGGCUACAUCUAUGCCAGGGGCACCCAGGACAUGAAGUGUGUCAGCAUCCAGUACCUGGAGGCUGUGAGGAGGCUGAAGGCUGAGGGCCACCAUUUCCCCAGAACCAUCCACAUGACCUUUGUGCCAGAUGAGGAGGUUGGGGGUCACCAAGGCAUGGAGCUGUUUGUGCAGCGGCCCGAGUUCCAGGCUCUUAGGGCUGGCUUUGCCCUCGAUGAGGGCCUGGCCAACCCUGCCGAUGCCUUCACUGUCUUUUAUAGUGAGCGGAGCCCCUGGUGGGUGCGGGUCACAAGCAUCGGGAAGCCGGGUCACGGUUCACGCUUCAUUGAGGACACAGCAGCAGAGAAGCUGCACAAGGUCGUGAGCUCAAUCCUGGCUUUCCGGGAGAAGGAGAGGCAGAGGCUGCAGUCAAACCCCCACCUGAAGGAGGGGGCUGUGACUUCUGUGAACCUGACUAAGCUAGAGGGCGGCGUGGCCUGCAAUGUGGUACCUGCUACUAUGAGCGCCAGUUUUGACUUCCGUGUGGCACCGGAUGUAGACCUGAAGGCUUUCGAGGAGCAGCUGCAGGGCUGGUGCCAGGCAGCCGGCGAGGGAGUCACCUUCGAGUUUAUUCAGAAGUGGACAGAGUCCCGAGUGACAUCUACUAAUGACUCAGAUCCCUGGUGGGCAGCAUUCAGUGGGGUCUUCAAGGACAUGAACCUCACUCUGGAGCCGGAGAUCUUCCCAGCUGCCACCGAUAGCCGUUAUCUCCGUGCGGUGGGGGUCCCAGCUCUGGGCUUCUCACCCAUGAACUGCACACCCGUGCUGCUGCAUGACCACGAUGAGCGUCUGCAUGAGGCUGUGUUCCUCCGUGGGGUUGACAUAUACACACGGUUGCUGCCUGCUCUGGCCAGCGUGCCUGCCCUGCCCAGUGAGAGCUGAGUCCCAACCUCUACCCCGGGAGUGUCCAUCCUGACCAGUGUUAAGUACCCCUCUGCCCCCCUGCCCCACAAUAAAGUCUGUGUGCGGACAGGGGCCA